AUGUCGGCUUCCUUCACGCCACCUUCCGGGCCUCCCCCACCUUCUGUUCCGGAGGGAUGGAAGGCGCAGUAUGACGAGCGAUAUCAGUCAUGGUUUUACAUUAACCUGGCUACCGGAAAGUCACAGUGGGAACGCCCCGAGCUACGACCUCCAUCCACCGACGGAGGUUCCAGCGAACCCCCACCAUCAUACGAUAAUGCAGGCUCUACUGGCUCCGCUAUACUCGCCAAUGCGGGAGAUCAGAAGAAGCCGCUGGCCUCAAAUAACCCAUAUAACUCGACUAGUUCCUCGCGUGGCACUGGCAGUCCCAUGAUUGAUGACGAUGCCCGCCUCGCCGCUAAGCUCCAGGCCGAAGAGGACGCACAGGCUAGCAGCAACAGCAGCAGGGGUGCCGGAACCCCCGGUGCCGCUGCUGAAUUUUACAGCGGGCAAUCUGCACCCCAAUCCACCGGUUCUUAUGCUCCCAGGCCAACUUCCGGGAGCCCAGCACCAGAGGAAAAGUCUCGCAGUAGAGGAUUCCUGAGCAAGUUGAUGGGAAAGAGCUCCAGCAGCUCCCGCCCACCGCGACAAUCGCAGCCUCAGUACGCCUCAUAUCCACAGCAGCCCCCACCGAAUCCGAGGUACUACGGGCGAUACCCUCCGCAACAGGCGCCAGGAUACGGGUACCCGGCGGCUGGAUAUGGGGGAUAUGGAGGAUACCAAUCCGGGCCACCCCAAGGCGGGUACUAUCAGCAGCCACCACAGAAACAUGGCAUGGGAACCGCUGGUGCAGCUGCACUGGGUGUGGGUGGAGGAUUGCUUGGUGGACUUUUGAUCGCUGAUGUUGUGGAAGAUAUGGAAGAUCAUCAUGAUUAUGAUAAUGGUGGAAACUAUGGCGGCGGGGGAGAUUAUGGUGGUGGAGGGGACUAUGGCGGCGGGGACUUUGGUGAUGGUGGUGGUGGUGAUUUCGGUGGAGGAGACUUUUAA